CCCGCCCGCUGCACGCUCGACUCCCCACACAGCCACACAAGCCCGCUCAAAAUUCACGCCCGCCAGUGAAGACACUGCGCAAACCCUCGCCGCACCAGCAAACCCCGCCACGCACACUGCAGAGUCGCAAGCCCGCGACCGCCUGCCAAACCGCCACCUCGCACCUUAGACCCCCCACUACCCUCCAGCCCGCCUCGUCAACUGGCAUAUGUAUUCGCGCCAAAGGAACGCUUUCCGACUCGACCCUCCCCCCGAGCUGCAAUCAUUUCGCAGUACGCGGAAACCUAGCAGUAUCCACCACUGCACCAACGGCUAGGCCACCUCACGACGUCCGCACGUCCACAAACCACCCUGCACGCACCUAGAGUCUGCAUUUACUGCAUGUCUCUUUCGGCCCUCAAAAACACUCGCAGUGUUUCCAUAGCCGCCCGCCCGCUACCGCAGAAAUAAAUUCCAGCUCAACCAGACCCCCACCACCGCAACCAUGGCCACCAUCAACGUCCGCCGCGAUGUUACCGACCCCUUCUACCGCUACAAGAUGGAGCGCAUCCAGUCCAAGAUUGAGGGCAAGGGUAACGGCAUCAAGACCGUCAUCGUCAACCUGACCAGCGUUGCCAACUCGCUCGACCGUCCUCCUGCUUACCUCAUCAAGUACUUCGGCUUCGAGCUGGGCGCCCAGACGAACACGAACCCAGCCGACGACCGCUGGAUCAUCAACGGCGCCCACGAUGCCAGCAAGCUCCAGGACUACCUGGACGGCUUCAUCUCUAAGUUCGUCCUCUGCAAGAAAUGCAAGAACCCCGAGACCGUCAUGGAAGUCAAGAACGGGGGCAUCACCGAGGACUGCAAGGCCUGCGGCCAGAUCUCCCAGGUCGACUUGCGCUUGAAGCUGAGCGGCUUCAUCCUCAAGAACGAGCCGAAGAAGGGCAAGAAGGACAAGGCCACGAAAAAGGCUGAGCGCCGUGCCCGCAAGGCGGCCGGAAAAGGAGGCGACGAUGAUGAGAACGCGUCCCAGAACGGCAGCCCUGGCGAUAGUGCAUCUGACCACGGUGAUGAGAACGGCGACUACGGUAUUGCAGCCGGUAGCGAUGAUGAGCUCACCCGCCAGAUUGAAGACGGCGCUCUUGACAUCGACGACGUGCCCGAGGAGAAGGAGGUCCAGUGGGCCACCGACUUCUCCGCCGAUGCCGUCAAGUCUCGUGCUGAGGUCCUUCCCGAGGAUCUCAAGCGUGCUGCCAUCAACCCCGCCGAGUUCGCCGAAGAUGCCGAAGAUGGCGAUGGCGGUCCUUCCGUCUAUGACGAGUUUGGUAAAUGGAUUCUCGACACUGCUGCUGAGAAGGGCAGCGUCGACAAGGUCGACAGUGUCGAGGUCUACGUCAAGGCCAAGGAGCUCGGCAUUGAGAGCAAGCACCGCACGCUCACGGUGCUCGCACAGACCAUCUUCGACAAGAACAUUGUCAAGCAGAUCGACAGCCGUGCCGGCAUGCUCAAGAAGAUGAUCACCUCGGAGAAGCACGAAAAGGCUUUCCUCGGCGGCACCGAGCGCUUCGUCGGCAUCGACCACCCCGAGCUCAUCCCCCAGGUCUCCGCCAUCCUCAUCAAGUACUACCAGAACGACCUUGUCGAGGAAGAGCAGCUCAAGGCGUGGGGCUCGAAGGCCAGCAAGAAGUACGUCGACAUCAAGACGAGCAAGCAGGUGCGCCGCUCGGCGGAGAAGUUCAUCGAGUGGCUCGACCAGGCGGAGAGCGAUGACGAGGAUGAGGACGAGGACGAGGACUCCGAGUAGGAGGUCAUCGGUCCAUCCGCCGCCUGUUGCAUGUGACGGCCGCGUGGCCGGCUAGGGGCCUGGACGCUUUGAUCUUGUCUACUUGCUGCUUUGCUUGUCUGCAUUGGGUAUUGAGUUGACG